GUCAUUUUUACGAAUAUCUUUACGAAUGGCCCCGCCGCCUCGCGCUUUCCAGAGCGGCGGGAUGCGGGAUCCUAGGGUAUGAGAAAUCAAGGUUACCUCGCGCUUUCGCGCUUUGAUGAACACCAGCACCACAGCUUGUGGACCCGUGAACAGAACAUGUCAUAGAAAAGCGCUCGUGUUACCUUCUUUCUGCAACGUCAAAUACUACCCUCGCUACAAUACCAAACUCAUAUCUUCAUUUCUGAUAAUAGACAUAACCCAGGACUAAUUCCCACCAUGUCAUCCACCCCGCAAACCCUCCACGGCAAAGUCGCCAUCGUGACCGGCUCCAGCCGCGGCAUCGGCAAGGGCAUCGCGCUCGAGCUCGCCCGCCGCGGCGCCAGCGUCACCGUAAACUACAUGUCCUCCGCAUCAGCCGCCGAAAGCACAGUCGAAGAGCUCGAGGCGCUCGGCGCCAAAGCCAUCGCCGUCAAGGCCGACGUGUGCAAGCAAUCGGACCUGGACGCCCUCUUCGACGCGACGAUCCAGGCGUUCGGGCGUGUGGAUAUCGUCGCGAGCAACAGCGGCAUCGAGUCGUUCGAGCGCGCUGUGGAUGUGACGCCCGAGCGCUUCGACCACGUCUUCCACGUCAACGCGCGCGCGCAGUUCUUCGUCGCUGUUACUGCGUACAGGUACAUGACGCGGUCGACCGAGCAGACGGGGGGCCGCAUUAUCCUUACCUCGAGUAUCGCCGCUAGGAUCAUGGGCGUCAGGGACCACGCGCUGUACGCCGGGUCGAAGUGCGCCGUCGAAGGCAUCACGCGCUCGCUGGCGACUGAUUUUGGACCGAGCGGCAUUACUGUUAAUGCGAUUGCGCCGGGGGGCGUGAAGACGGAUAUGUUCGCUGAGGCGGCUGUUAAUUAUAUCCCCGGCGCGGAUAGGGCGACGUGGAGUCCCGAGAGGAUCGAGGCUGCGCUGGCUUCUGCGUGUCCGCUUGGGCGCGUGUGUCUGCCUGAGGAUAUAGGGAAGAUUGUGGCUUGGUUGGGAAGUGAUGACGCGGGUUGGAUUACGGGCCAGACGAUUCUAUGCUCUGGUGGUUCCUCUUCUUAGUGGUACUCUAUGCAUCAUUCAUGUGGUUAGGGGGCAUGCUUGGGGCGCAAGUUAAGAUGACCGGUAUUGGUCAUGAUAGGGGUUGGGCGUUGCAGUUAGAUCUAGGAUGCAUUCACCUACGUAGGUAAAUGGGACAUAUAGACGAUACUUUACCUACACUAUAUCCGUUUCUGUAGAGAAAGUUAUCCGUCAUUUGGGAC